CGUCAGUCGUGUCAUGCCUAGUCGCCCGCAUGCAUGGAGACAGCCGCACAAAUCAAUUAGAGCGUGUUUCGGAACGCAUAUUCUAAUUUUAAAUUUUCAUUUUUUUUUUUCGAGAUCUCGGUUUGUUGCUGUCGGUCGUCUGUCAUAAUUAAUUUUGUUUUUCUUUUCAACACUUUAAUGGGAACAAAGAGAAAAUCAAUUGAAUAAUGAGGUCAAAUAAAGAAAAAAAUAUUAUUAUCUCCGUUUUUGUUAGUGUUUUUAUUUCAGGGAGCCAGACAUGCUUUACGAACAAUCAAGUCGAAUUUACCAAAAUUAAAUCAGGAAGUUCAUUCUAUCAGGAGUGUAAAUGUGAGCUUGGUACAGGGGAAACACUCAGAUGGUUGGACACACACGACCAAGAUAUACCAAUCUUAAGACCAGGUACAAAAUCGAACGUGUAUACCGAGUGGCUCGACAGGAAUACAUAUAGCGUAUACAUUUCAAGUUUAAGCAAAUCAAUAUCCGGUGCCUACAAAUGCGUGACUGAUCACAAUGGAAGAGAAUACUCCAUGGUAUACCACGUAGAAGCAUAUGAUCCACCUUACUUCGUGAACACAAAGCCUGAUCAAUAUGUGGUGAGUGGUAAAGAUGCUGUGAUUACUUGCGAGGCUCGGGGCGAUACAGAGCCUUUGAUAAGUUGGUACAAAGAGCAGGAUGGUUUUGUUGAGAUCACGAAUGAUGAUAAAUAUGAAGUUACCUCAGAAGGUCUUAAGAUAAAAGAUGUAACAAAGGACGAUAACGGACUUUAUAAAUGUGCAGCAUCCGAUCUGGAGACUGGAGAAGGGAUAGAUCAGGAAAUUCACGUGGAGGUAAUAACAAUGCCAACAAUAAUAGAUUUGACUGCCAGUACAAAUAGUAAAGUCAUAGAGGGCGAGAGUUUGACCAUAGAGUGUGUGGCGGACGGCGUGCCACAUCCGGAGUACUCAUGGAAAAAGAUUGGUUAUACGGGUGAAAAUGUGAGUUGGCAUGAAAUAGCCAAUACGAUUGUCUUCGAUGAAGUACAAGAAUCGGAUCGCGGGGCUUACGAGUGUACUGCGGUCAACAACGCUGGGAACUUCACAAAGAUAAUUAAUAUUGAGGUAUUGGUAGCCCCGAAUAUAACAGAAUUAAACAAUGUGACAGCGGUUGAAGGAUCGACCGCACAAAUAUCUUGCAAAGCGUCUGGUAGGCCGAUACCCAAGAUUAAUAUGAUGUUCCUUGGUGAUGAAUCCGAUGAACAGAGCAUAGUCUGGGACAUCAAGAACGCGAGUGACACUGAAGUGGAAUUCUACUUAUCUUUUCUCAGAGUGAACAGAUCUCAUGCUGGUGUUUAUGAAUGCAAUGCAACUAACGAUGUGGAUUUUGAUAUAAAAGAAAUGGAAUUCCGAGUAUUAUAUCCGCCGUACUUCACAACUCCAGUGGAGGACGUCUGGUCGUGGAAUGGGAAAAGUAUUAAUUUAAGUUGUGAACACUCCAGCGAUCCACCCGGCGUUAUUACUUGGAGAUAUCAAGGCAAUGAAAUAUCAGCGGAGAAUCAAAUGGAAAUCAAUAAAAUCAUAGCCGACAAGUUGCAUAAAAGUCCUCUUAUAAUAGAAAAUAAAACUUUGUACGGCGUUUACGAGUGCACUGCUAAAAAUGAGUUCGGGGAAGCGAAGAAAAUGAUAACAUUGAGAGAGGGAUUUGUUCCAGCAGCUAUUAAUAAUGUGUCACUCGCAAAUCUUACCUCAUACUCAGUUACGUUCACAAUCGAGCCGCCGCCCAUAGAAGGUCCAGGUGUCAUAGGAUUUACAGCAGAAUACGACGAAGUGGACAAUUAUAAUGUAACAGACAUACACACUAACAGGACCUGGUCGAUACAUAGACCGCUGAAGAUAGACAAGUUGAAACCGAAUACUAGUUAUUAUGUGAAAUUUGCUGCCAUCAAUGAAGUGGGAACCGGACCGUGGAGUGAUGUCCUAGAAUUUGCGACACUUGAACAAACUUAUUUCAGGUCGACCCCGGAUGAACCCGAGUGGGAGAUGAAUGUGGAGGAAAUAGCUGUUAAGGAUAAAGUUUUAAAAUGGAAGAACAGUGAUCUCGUAGAUUUUUAUUUGAUUCGACAAUGUCCGAUAAAAAAUGGUUUUAUUGAAGAGGAAUCGUGUGAAAUAACACAGUUAGAUCAAACCAAUGAGUUUCACUUGGACGAAAUGAACGCUAACACGACUUAUUACAUAGAACUCAUCGCUCAAAAUACAGUUGGUAACUCAACUACCGCUCGUAUCACCGUCACCAUACCCGGUGAAGAAGCCCCGUAUCUAUCAUCCGCUGCUCUUAUUGGUUUAUCAAUCUUAGCCGUUUUCCUUUGCCUUGUAAUGCUGGACCUCUUACUAUUAUUAUGGAGGAGACAGGGCGUCAUUGCUAAUUGCUGUGUCAAGAAAAAGAAGAACAAUCGAGAGGAAAGCUUGAACUCGAGAGAUAAAAAAGGUCUCCUUAAAGACAAAGAGUCUAACGGCAACGGACACAAGGAAUACGAAUAUAACAAAAACACGGGAGCUAUCACUGGGAAGCAUUCCUCUGUAUAACUACAUAUAAUAUAUGUACAUAUAUAUACGUAUAUCUAUUUAAUUUAUAUUAAAGUGUUUGUUACUUUAAAGGAGGGUUUGGCAUUAUUAUAACUGCUAGUAUUAUUGAAUAAGAAUACAUAAUAUAUUAUAUAAGUUUUUAAUUUAAAGAAUAAUAUAUAUUUUGCUUGAAUGUAUCGUCUAGAGUAAAUUAAUGUUUAAUGUAGCUGUCGUUAAACUGAACUGGUCGUUUGAUUGUGGUUUAUUUGAUAUUAUUAUUGCGUACUAAAUAUAAAUAGUAGAAAUAUGAAAAAUGUUAUGGAAGUGUUUAAAAUUAUUAAAAGCGAAAUUUCAAGUAAGUAGCGUCGUUUAGAGUAAAAGUGUAACUUAAUUGAGUUAUUCGAAUUCAUGGUAUUUUUUUUUGUUGGUAAAAACUUUGGUAGU